UGCCUCGUUCCAGGAACGGGCUUUUCACGUCUGAGCGGCCAGGACCGUGAUUGCUCCGAAGCCGCUUUGCCCACAUCGCGCCCAAGCUUGGACACACUGCUCGACAGAAACGAAGUUCUUCUAGGGUUGAGACCUAGGAGCAGGAAGUGCUUGCGCGAUCCCCCUCCCCGGUUCCCCGGGGGGGCUGCUACCGCCUCCAGCUUCCUUCCAGCAGAUGCAGCUUGGCAGGACCAUUCGCUCCCUCUCCCUUGUUAGUUGCCUUCAGACGUCUCCGCCAGGACCAGCAUGGCUUCAGAGAUCCACGGAGGUCCACGGUCCCGCCAGCUGCAGCCUGCACGUUCCCUUCCAGGGCCUUCUCACUGCCUGAAACAUUUCCCGGUUGACCUGCGCACCUCCAUGGAUGGCAAGUACAAAGAGAUUGCCGAGGAGCUGUUCUCCCGUUCAUUGGCGGAGAGCGAAAUGCGCAGUGCCCCCUAUGAAUUCCCUGAAGACAGUCCCAUUGAACAACUGGAGGAGCGGCGCCAGCGUCUGGAGCGACAGAUCAGUCAGGAUGUGAAACUAGAACCCGACAUUUUACUCAGAGCCAAACAGGACUUCCUGAAAAUUGACAGUGCUGCUGACUUACAGUUGUUUAAGGAGCAGGGUGAGGACCUGGUUGACCACCUCCCCAAAGAGCGAGAUAUCUUUUUAGAGAGGGAGUUUCAACGGGUCACCAUCUCUGGAGAAGAGACAUGUGGGGUGCCUUUCACAGACUUGCUGGAUGCUGCCAAGAGCGUGGUGAAAGCACUGUUCAUUCGGGAGAAGUACAUGGCGCUUUCUCUGCAAAGCUUCUGCAAGACCACAGCCCGCUUCCUGCAGGAACUUUCUGAAAAGCCCUUGGCCCCCCGGAUGUAUGAGGAGAUCCCUGAGACCCCUGUGGCUGCAGAUGCUCCGGUACACCCACCAUUCACAAGCCAACAUCCUUAUGAGAAGUAUGAUCCUGAAUCUAUGCCUGGAGACCUUGGUUUUGGGCUCAAGAUGGUCAAUGGAGUAGUUCACGUAUAUACCAAGCAGGACAUCAUGGACAAGACCACAGAACUGGACUUACCCUAUCCUGACCUGCAGGAGUUUGUGGCUGACAUGAAUGUCCUUAUGGCUCUGAUCAUCAAUGGCCCCAUAAAAUCCUUCUGCUACAGACGGCUGCAGUACCUAAGCUCAAAGUUCCAGAUGCAUGUCCUGCUGAAUGAGAUGAAAGAACUGGCAGCCCAGAAAAGGGUGCCACAUCGUGACUUCUACAAUAUCCGGAAGGUGGACACGCACAUCCAUGCAUCCUCCUGCAUGAAUCAGAAGCAUCUGUUGCGCUUCAUCAAGCGAGCUAUGAAGAAGCACCUGGAAGAGAUUGUCCAUGUAGAGAAGGGCAAAGAGCAAACCCUUAAAGAGGUCUUUGAGACCAUGAAUCUUACAGCCUAUGAUCUCAGCGUUGACACGCUCGAUGUCCAUGCGGAUCGUAACACCUUCCAUCGCUUUGACAAGUUCAAUGCCAAAUACAACCCCAUAGGUGAAUCUGUACUGCGAGAGAUUUUCAUCAAAACAGACAACAGAGUCUCAGGAAAAUACUUCGCACAUAUCAUCAAGGAGGUGAUGUCUGACCUAGAAGAGAGCAAGUAUCAGAAUGCAGAAUUGCGACUCUCCAUCUACGGCCGUGCACGGGAUGAGUGGGACAAGCUGGCCAAGUGGGCUGUGACCCACAAGGUGCAUUCCAACAACGUGCGCUGGCUGGUGCAGGUGCCUCGUCUGUUUGAUGUGUACAAGACAAAGAGGCAGCUUGCCAACUUCCAGGAGAUGCUAGAGAACAUUUUCUUACCCCUCUUUGAAGCUACAAUCCAUCCCACCAGCCACCCAGAACUGCAUCUCUUCCUGGAGCACGUCGAUGGCUUUGACAGUGUGGAUGAUGAAUCCAAACCAGAACACCACAUCUUCAACUUGGACAGUCCCUUGCCUGGGAACUGGGUGGAAGAAGACAACCCACCCUAUUCCUACUACCUUUACUACACCUAUGCCAAUAUGGUGGUGCUGAAUCACCUGCGCAGGAAGAGAGGCUUCCAUACUUUCGUGCUACGUCCCCACUGUGGGGAAGCGGGGCCCAUCCAUCACCUUGUCUCAGCUUUCAUGCUGUCAGAGAACAUAUCUCAUGGCCUCCUGCUCCGCAAGGCACCUGUGUUGCAGUACCUCUACUACCUGGCCCAGAUUGGCAUUGCCAUGUCCCCACUGAGUAAUAACAGCCUGUUCUUAAGCUACCACCGUAACCCACUGCCGGAGUACCUCUCCCGGGGCCUCAUGGUCUCCCUGUCCACAGAUGAUCCACUACAGUUCCACUUCACUAAGGAGCCUCUGAUGGAAGAAUACAGCAUCGCCACACAAGUUUGGAAACUCAGCUCCUGCGACAUGUGUGAACUUGCACGCAACAGUGUGCUCAUGAGCGGCUUCAGCCACAAGGUCAAGAGCUACUGGCUUGGACCGCACUACCUGAAGGAGGGGCCCGAGGGCAAUGACAUCCGGCGUACUAAUGUGCCAGACAUCCGAGUGGCCUACCGUUACGAGACUCUUUCCCAGGAGCUGACCCUCAUCACGCAGGCUGUGCAGACAGAGGAACUGGAGACCAUCCAGGAGGAAGACCCGCUGACCAUGAGCUCCAGCCUGGAUGCUCGCUGAAAAAGGCCGUUCACACGCUCCCAUUUUGCCCUGGUUCCAUGAGCAUGAAGAGAUCUUGGCCACCCCCCUGCAUCCUGGACCUUUUUAAUCUCCGGUCGUGUGUGUGUUUUUGUUCCGCAGCACAGUUACCUUUUGUAUUUUCUGGAAAGGCAUUAAUGUUUUGUUUGCACUUGGUAAGCUGCUGAGGCAUUUUGGGGUGGCAAAACCCCUGCUGGGGUCCAAAAUGACGUCUAGGAAGGGGAGGAAGCCUCCUGCAAAUCAGACUGGGAAGCUGCCAGUAUUGUUUGUGGAGCAGAACUCACUGCAGAAGCUGAAGAGCUGGGCACAGGCCUGUGGCAGGGCAUUGCUGAGGACUUUGGAAAAUUCAGCAUGGGAAUCCAUCUGCAGAGGCAAGCAAAUCCGGGGCUUGUGGGGAUGGGUCCUUUUGAUAUCCAGAAUGAGCCGCUGUGUAUUUGGCCCAGCCGUUCUCCAAACCAGGGGCUAAAGUGUGGCAGUGAUGCCUCCCGCCACCCCCAGUUUGUUUUCAUGUUACAUGCUCAACUUAGCUGUUGUUAGCCAUAGUUUUUUCACUGGCCAGCAAAGACCCCUUUCAGCUCCUCCGUUUUUCAUCAACGUAGCAUGUUUUCACAGUCCCUGCUGUGCAAGACCUCCAGCUUUCAGUGUUCGGUCUGGUGUGAAGCAUGGCCCUGGGUUUGCUCUUCUCUUCAAAGCCUUCAGCUAUUAGUUUGCUUGACUCAUGGAAAACCUCAGCCUUUAGGAGAGGGGUGGAUAGCCUGUGGCCCUCCAGCUGUUUUGGCCUACAAGCCCCAGGGGCUGUGCUGGCUAGGACUGAUGGAUGCCAAGCUGUAAGCCAAACCAUCUAGAGGGCCACCAGCCAGUCCUGCCUGCAGCAACUGGUGGAUUACUGUGAAUGAACAGGGAGGAGCGGAGCCUUCAGUCCAGGUCAGACUUAACAGGGAGAGCCCAGUGUGCCAGAUGCUGGCACUUUUAACUUUUGUAUAUCUUUCGUGAACUCUUCUGUCCUUCUCUAUAAUCGUGUAACAGGAGAGAGAGAGUUGCAUGUCUUUAUUGAAGUACCAAGAGGAGGCUAAAGAAGAUGGUUUUGGCACAGGCACAAUAAGGCUGUUAGCGUGAAGGGAGUUCAGAGGAAAUGGACUUGGCCUUAGGGUCAAAAGGGAUAUGAUGCAGAUCUGUGAUCCGUUCUGAUCUAAAACAAAAACACAAGUUUUUUUUUUUUACGGUUGCUUCCAUUUCGAUUAGAUCAGCGGCACUGAGAAGAGAGAUGUACUUGAUGUCACAUGUUCUCCCAAAGCUGCUGUAAGCUCAGGGGUUGGGAAAGCAGGUGCCUGCAUCAGAGUGGUAUCUGUUUCCCUCCUGCAAGGCAUAUGGCGUUGUGUGCGUGCGUGUGGACGGUGUGGCUCAGGCAAAUGGUGCAGAGGGAAGGGUACAGAAACACCAGCACAGCAUCUCCAAUCAAAAUCUGAUGCCUUUUCCCUGGAGCUGCUGCUGUUUGUUUGUUUGUUUGUUUGUUUUCAGUUGGAUCACUCCCAUAUCUGUUUCAGCCACUGUUGUAAUUCCUGAGAUGUGUGCCUGUGGGAAGAUGCGGCCCGCUUUGAUCCAAGGUAGAGCUGUUUUACUCUGGGAUGAAUGUUCAGCUCCCAGCACGGCUUGCCAUGCCUGGGCAGUAACCUCCUUAUCCUCUGUGUUGGAUUGGAAAGGCUGCCUCUUGCCACGCCUGCCCCCUGCAUAAUUCAUAUGUACACAGAUCUUCUUUCUGCAUUUGGCAAGAGGGAAAAGUCACUGAAAGGGCGCUGCUUUCUUACCAGCAGCUCUGGGAACAGGCGGAGGCCUCUUGGGAAGGUGGAUGAUGCAUCUGGAGGAGCCAACCGGCCAUCACGUCUGCCUCCUCCUGAAGCCAUGUGACACAAACUGGAAAUGGCAUGCCAAGAGACAGGACAAGACGGGCCAUGCCUUGCCUUUCCUAGCCAGGGCCCAGGCCCAGGCCCAGGGACACACAUGCCAGGAGGAGCCCCCCAAACAGCCCCAUGACCAGCAGCAGUGCAUGCCCAGGCCUUUGGCUUUAGUCCUGCACAAUGAAAGGCUCACAGCAGUUAGAAGGCUAGCCCUGUGGAGCGCACUCUCUAUAGGAUUCUGGCUAGGGGAAUCACUAACUCCUGGCUUUUGAACCUUGCCUGUAGGCAGGCCACUGUAUAAAAGGUGGGGGGCCUCUUUGGUCCCAUUAGCAGUUUUUGUCCAACUCGUCACAUUUCUUGUCAGCAGGCCAUCCUGGGGAAAGCAGGCAGCCUCCGCUUCGCUCCCUUCAGGCUCUUAGGCAAAUGCUGUACGCUCACCAGAAGCACUGUUGGUGGCUGCCACCUCCUCGGCACUGCACCUGUUUGCUGCUAGGCACACGUGAUCUUGCACUGGAAAGCAGUUUUCUAGGUGUACCACAGCGGCAGAUUCUGAGGCAUGCUUGGGAGGUGGGCAGGGACCUGCCGUGCCCUCCCUCUAGGCCGCUGUGGACCAAAAUCUGAAGUCCCCUUUUGUAGCCAGUGCCUUGCUUUUAGAGUUGUGCAUGGAAUGUGCCAACACUAGGUAGAUUCCCCCUCGUGAUUCUACCUCUGAGACAGGUGUUUGCUGUACUUCACUAUUUGUGAGUGUAUUUGUGAGAGUGCGUACAUGUUGGGGGUGCACACACCCUCUUUGUAUGUCUGGUAUCCCACCUCUGUGACCUGGAAGGGGGAUAUCUUUUUAUCUCAUAACCUCCAUGCUUUUGUUUGGGAUCCUGCCAAGUACCAUGAAAGCCUAUGGCGGAGGUAUCUUGCCUGGUUUUUAAGCAGCAGAGGUGCCUUGCAGAUUAAAACCACAGUGUUUUGGCCCAGAUUGGGGUCAUAUGUGAAGAAAUCUAAUAUCCGGCUGGCUCAGCAAACAGAAUAGGACUGUGGUCUGUCUUGAGAGAGUUCCCUAAUCCCCUUCCGCAGCAAUCUCUGACUUCCCUCCUCCUCGCCAGAACUCGCCUUGCUUCUCUUUGGUACCUAGCAGUUUUGUUGUUGGUCUGAGGUGAACCUCGUAUCCCCCUGGCAAUCACUGCAUCCUCUUUAUUCUGAUAUUUCUGUGUAGUUUGGGUGAUCUCUAUGCUUGUCUGUGCUGAAAUGUGUGUUAGAAAUCCUAUCAAACAUGAGCAUGAUCCAAUAUUAAAAAUUAUUUAAGUAAACCA